CUUUCCGAAAAGUGGAGAACGGACGAGAAAUAGUGGGAAAAGAAAACAAAGCCCAGACCAUAUAUUACAGUCGUGGGGAAAAAAACCACGCCUUUAAGCUGGAAUCCAUCAAAGCAGCUAAAAAGUUUUGCUCAAUUCCUGUUAAUAAACUAAGGAUAUCACUGCAUGAAUGGCAGCUGUGGAUGACUUCAAGUUCCAAGAAUUUGAUGAUGCAGCUAACUUGUUGGCAGCCAACCCAGAUGCCGUCACUAUAAGUAUUGAUGAACCUACUGAAAAACCAAAGAAAAAACAUGGACGCCUGCAAGGAUCUGGAAGAGAAGAAGACGAUGAACUUCUGGGGACAGAUGAUUCUGAUAAAACUGAGUUGCUUGCUGGGCAGAAGAAAAGUGCUCCUUUCUGGACAUUUGAAUAUUAUCAGACAUUUUUUGAUGUGGAUACAUACCAGGUUUUGGACAGAAUCAAAGGAUCUGUAUUUCCAGUGCCAGGGAAAAACUUUGUGAGACUCCAUAUUCGGAGUAAUCCUGAUCUUUAUGGUCCAUUUUGGAUAUGUGCCACACUAGUCUUUGCUGUUGCAAUUAGCGGUAACCUUUCAAAAUUCUUCAUCCAUCUGGGUAAACGUGAUUUUCACUAUGUGCCAGAUUUUCGCAAAGUCUCCAUAGCUGCAACAGCCAUCUAUGCUUACGCCUGGCUAAUUCCUCUUGCUCUCUGGGGAUUCCUUAUGUGGAGAAACAACAAAGUUGUGAACAUUGUCUCCUACUCGUUUCUUGAGAUUGUGUGUGUUUAUGGCUAUUCACUCUUCAUUUAUAUACCAACAGCGAUUUUAUGGAUCAUUCCACAGAAAAUUCUCCGAUGGGUUUUGAUGGCAUUUGCUCUGUGCCUUUCAGGAUCUGUCCUAGUGAUGACAUUUUGGCCUGCUGUUAGAGAUGACAACCGGAGAAUCGCAUUGGCUACAGUUGUGACAGUUGUCCUUCUUCAUGCCUUACUAGCUGUUGGUUGUUUGGCAUAUUUUUUUGAUGCCCCUGAACUGGAAGUCAUUUCAUUGACUACAGCGCUUCCACCUAAUGGAACAAUAGAAGUAACAAAGGCUCAGUAAAUAAGGAGAUUCCUAUGAAGUUCUGAAUCAGCUGAAUUGGUCUGCUUGAGAGUGAUUUUGUUGCUGCACAAAAAGAAGCAACCCAAAAUGAAACCUGGACCACGAGGAAACUUUGAGUGGGAUUUUGGGUCUCUAGAUACCAUUUGAAUGGACACACUGUCUAUAAAAAUGUAUAUAGUGUGCUUUUCUGCAAAAUGCCACAGAAAGAAAUAGAGAGUUAUUUCAAAACUUUCCAAAUUAAAAUAAUUACUGUUGAACAUU